UUGUCCGGUACAGCAGGUCAAGCGGCCGACUGGCCCACAGACGCUCCAGUCGGAGAGUCCAGCAUUCGGCCAAUCGGGAGAACCGGCCUCGGCAACACAGGCCCCGGGCUCGUUAACGGUCUCCCGGGCAUCUACUAUUCCUGGUCUCUGCGAGAUCUGGCCGACGCCAGUGCCCUUCUCCAGACAUCGUGGCGUGGUCACCUGCAGCCCGAGCUCGGAGCUCCGCCCAGCGGCGACUCGGUUAAAACAAAGACCCUCCCAUCCGGCUUCCCGACGUCCAGCCUCCCCGGCGGUUGCUACUCGCCGGAGGACCUGUUGGCCGGCUCCUUGAGACGUGACGACGCAGUCGAACCGGGCCCCGGCAACAACGUCUACCAGACUCUGAUGCCCAUCUCGUUGGUCGACGCACCUCUCGUCCCCGGCGGUCCGGAGUGCGCCUACCGGAUCGGCCUGCAGAUCGGCCCCCCCAACGAAGACUGGCUGGAACUAGUGGCCCCGGGGGCCCCGGAGGCCCCGGGAUCACGAAAGACGGCUUUCCAGCCGGUGGCCAAUUGGCGAGCUCAGCUUGCGCCGGCCAUCGAAAAAGCGAAUGUCGUCGAGGCGGCCGAAUCUCAGCCUACUGAAGAUCUGCUGUGCGUGGAUCGGUUGCGUCGGCAGGCCCACUUGUCCGACGCGAAGAGGGCACCGGCGGCGGGAGCCGAAGCCAUCCAGACGAUCUCCGGAGUCGAUGCCCUCUCUUCUCAGUCCGGAAUGCGGAUGGUUAGUCCGCCGCCCAUCUACAAAAAGUCUGCAAAUGAAGCCAGUUUUGUAUAG